CACCGUUUCACGUGUCGUCUCAACGACCGACCCAAACGACGCUCGCGGCCACCACGCCUGCCGAAGUGCCGAACCAAACCCCACACGACUUCCUCUUCUCGCACACACGUCAAGCCGAAUCGAAUCGAAUCGAAACCCUCUACGCAAUCCGAGCCGCCGGGAAAGCUAUCGCCGGCGGCGGCAUGAAUAAGCGGCCCCGCGACGAUCCCUCCUCCUCCUACGGCUCCGCGCCCAAACGCCAGUUCGGCGCAGGCGGGCAUGGCGGGCAGCAGGGGUACUCGGAGGAGCGGAGAAGCGCGCGGCGGGUGGCGGACCACUACAGCGCGCGGUCCAACCAGACGCUCGAGGAGCGGGAGAACAGCCCCAUCAUACACCUCAAGAAGCUCAACAACUGGAUAAAGAGUGUUCUGAUCCAGUUGUACACGCGCCCCGGUGAUUGCGUGCUUGAUCUUGCUUGUGGGAAGGGAGGUGAUUUGAUAAAGUGGGAUAAAGCCAAGGUUGGCUACUAUGUAGGGGUUGAUAUCGCCGAAGGCUCGAUAAAAGAUUGCAUGACUCGCUACAAUGGUGACACAGAUCAACAACGAAGGAAGAAGUUCAGUUUUCCUGCACGACUUAUUUGUACUGAUUGUUACGAGGCUCGUUUGGAUGAGUAUUUAUGCGAGGAUGCUCCAUUUGACAUGUGUAGCUGCCAGUUUGCUUUACAUUAUUCAUGGUCAACUGAAGCACGCGCUAGACAAGCCCUGGCAAAUGUAUCUGCAUUGCUUCGUCCUGGAGGCAUUUUUGUUGGUACAAUGCCUGAUGCUAAUGUCAUUAUCAAAAGGCUUCGAGAAGCUGAAGGAUUGGAAUUUGGGAACAGUGUUUACUGGAUUAGCUUUGGCGAAGAGUACGUCGAAAAGAAAUUCCCCGCAUCCAGACCUUUUGGUAUCAAAUACAAGUUUCACUUGGAGGAUGCUGUUGAUUGCCCAGAAUGGGUUGUUCCAUUCCAUCUCUUCAAAUUACUGGCAGAGGAGUAUGAUCUCGAGCUGGUUCUGAUGAAGAACUUUCAUGAAUUUGUACACGAGUACUUGCAAAAGCCAGAGUUCACUGAACUCAUGCGGAGGCUGGGUGCCCUUGGUGAUGGAAGGCAGGACCAAAGUACACUGUCACAGGAUGAGUGGGAGGUUUCCUAUCUCUAUCUCGCAUUUGUUCUGCGGAAGCGAGGGCAACCCCCUACCCAGCGGAGAGCCAGCAAUGCAAACAGAGGGAAGAUGUUCCUCACCGAGGGUGACAUCGAAUAUCUUGGGAUAUAAGCAGAAGUCUACCCUAGAGCUUGCUAACAGCUUACCGAUUCUAUGCUCCUCCACAUAGCAUAAAAGAAAGUUGUAACUUUAGUCGCUCACCUGUUAUUUAUUUCUCCAAUUUGUAUCUGCUGUAUAACUUAACAAAAUUAAAUGUAUAAACUAAAGGACUCAUAAUGCAAUUUUGCAGGAAUGAAUGAAUAAAACAGUAGGUGUCAUAUCCAA